UUUUUAUACGAAGAAAGAAAAAUGAGCCAUCAUCGAGAAUCAUCGGCUUUCGUACCUGUUGUGCCAACGAGAAACGUCCAUCCGUUAAUUUACCAAUCGGAGAUGCAUCCGCUUUUAAGUACAACCGAUUUAAUCCGAUCCGGCAGCGGGGAAUCCCGCGAUCCACCUCAAAAGCCACCUCCAUCGAUCGAAACCCCUUCAACGUCCUCCUCAACCUAUCGAAAAUCAACAUCAAAUUUCGAAAUAAUGGCCAUGAUGGCCGAUAAACGCAAAGAAUUACAAUUAAGGGAAGAAGUCGCUUGUGUUGCAGCCGCUCACGCCUUGAUGAUGCCCCAUAGACCCGCAGCGCCGCCCCCUGGAUUAUUAGAAAGUGGUGCUGGUACGCCGCAAGGAUAUCCGGGAUUUUUAGCCAAUAAUCCUGCUGGUAAUCCUGCCGCUGGGUUUGGAUUUCCAGCUGGUGCGGCGGGGUUGUUUCCCGGGGGACCACCUCAAAUGCACGCCCAUUUAGACCGGAGAUUAUUAAGGGCCACAGGGAGAGCGUCCAGACCUAAAAAACAAUUUAUUUGUAAAUUUUGUAAUAGACAAUUUACGAAAAGUUAUAAUUUAUUAAUACACGAAAGAACUCACACCGAUGAACGUCCGUAUAGUUGUGAUAUUUGCGGAAAAGCUUUUAGAAGACAAGAUCAUUUAAGAGAUCAUAGAUACAUCCACAGCAAAGAAAAGCCGUUUAAAUGCACAGAAUGCGGGAAAGGUUUCUGCCAAUCUCGUACUUUGGCAGUACACAAAAUCCUCCACAUGGAAGAAUCACCUCAUAAAUGCCCGGUUUGUAGUCGCUCUUUUAACCAACGUUCUAACUUAAAAACCCAUUUAUUAACCCACACCGACCAUAAACCUUACGAAUGUAAUUCUUGCGGGAAAGUUUUUCGCCGAAAUUGCGAUUUGAGAAGGCACGCUUUAACCCAUGCCGUUGGAGAUGUCCCACCGGAAGAUGGAAGUGGUUAUAUCCCAGGGGAAGAUCCUCCCGAAUCACCUCGAGCGCGAAGUCCAUCGUUAGAUGGGGAAAGACAUCAUCAACGAGGGCACUCACCAAUUCCUGAAAUAACGAGAUGUCACGAAGCAAGUUCGAGCUAUACAAUGAGGCCAAAUCCGGAGUUUGGUGGGAGGCGGGAAAUUUUAUUGGAAGACGAUGACGAUGAAGAAUUAGAUUCAGAGAUAGACCCGGGCCAAGAAGAAUUAGAUGUUAUCCCCGAAAAAAUUGAAAAAUUAGAGAAAAAAGUUGAAAUUAAAGAAAUGAUCCAUCACCAUCACCACCCCCAAUUACAAAUUAGACGUGAUUUAUUAGCCAGCCCAAAACCAUCAACAAUAACAUCAACAAUAACAAGCGGGGUGCUUGAGCCGCAAUAUUUGGGGGUUUACCGAAAACGAUCUUACGAUGGUGAGAGACCAAGUUCUUCUUCGAACAUUUCAACGUUAGGAAGACGAACUCCUUUGAGUUUAAACUUAUCGGGAAGACAUUCCCCGCCGUUAAACCUCAUCAUCAACACGAUGCAUCAUCAAAUGAACCACCAACAAUCAAUUUUGCAAUCGCAGAAUUUAAAUUCUAUUUUAAAACCGCCCGAUUUGCUAAUUCCGAAUUCUUCCGGGUUAUUAACAACGGUUAAUAAUUUAAAUUUAAGCGGUUUAAAUCAAAACAUUGUUGCCGAUUUAUCGAUGAAGAAAGAGGAAUCUUUGCAACAUCGAAAUCAAAAUGUACAAAAUUUACAACAAAAUCAUGGGAGUAAUAAUAAUAAUAAUAAUAGCAAUCAUAAUCCGCCUCCAAAGAAAUCUGGGUUUACAAUAGCUGAUAUAAUGGGGAGAUAGCUUUAACCUUCCAGUACACGCGCUUAAUACAGUCAUACGCGGCGAACUAUCAGUCUGCAAAUUAUCAACAUUUGCAUCAUAACUUCUAAGAUUUGCUAAACUUAGAACUAACAAUAAAUAUAGAACGAGAAACACAAGACCUAGAACUAGAAACAUUCGGAUUUAGCCGCACGUCUUUCA